AUGAGGCAGCAGAGGUCGAAAGAACGAGGUCGCCGACGGCUGCUGGCGAGCGUCGCUGCGACGGUCGUCUCCCUGGCCUGCGGAACCAACUACGUCUACUCGGCCUGGGCUCCCCAGUUCGCCGACAGGCUUAAGCUCACCUCGACGCAGAGCAACCUCGUCGGCCUCUUCGGCAAUCUGGGCAUGUACUCACUCGGCGUCCCCGUUGGUGUAUUAGUUGACCACGCCGGCCCUCGACCCUUUGUCCUCCUCGGCGCCGCCCUCCUCGUUGCCGGCUACUUUCCUCUCCACCAGGCCUACGAUGACGCCCAGGGCCCCGUUCCCCUCCUCUGCUUUUUUUCCUACCUCACCGGACUCGGUAGUUGCAUGGCCUUCGCCGCGGCUGUCAAGACAUCGGCGAUGAACUGGCCCCGUCAUCGAGGCACCGCCACCGCGUUUCCCCUCGCCGCCUUUGGCCUCAGCGCCUUCUUUUUCUCCUCCCUUGGCGCUAUUUUCUUCCCCGGCGAUCCUAGUGCCUUUCUCCAGCUGCUCUCCUGGGGCACCUUUGGCCUGACCUUGGCUGGCUUUUUGUUCCUCGACGCCCAUCCCUAUGCUGCGGCCUACCGUGCCAUCCCGGACAUCCCGCCCCAUGGUCCCAACGUGCAUGGCAAUCCUAGCCACCUGGAUGCAGAACCGAGUACGUUGUCGCCCACUGCCGCCGCCAUGUCCCAGCCCUGUCUUGGCGCUCAGCCUGCCGCUCUGGCAUGCCUAGAAGAAGCCGACGAGCUCCCAGACGAUAUGGAUGACGCGUCUUCGUUGACAUCACACUCAUCUCUGGCGCUCGAGAAUGCUGUUAUGAGUAGUGUUGAUAUGGAUCGGUCUCACCGAAUAGAUAUCCGCGGCCUCGCUCUCUUGAGGCUCCAGUCGUUCUGGCUCUUGUUCUGCAUCAUGGCCAUCCUCGCCGGUAUUGGCCUCAUGACUAUCAACAACAUUGGCAAUGACGUCAACGCUCUGUGGAAACGCUUUGAUGAUUCGGUUGGUCAAGACUUCCUCGUGCAUCGACAGCAAAUCCAUGUUUCGAUCUUGUCUGUCUGCAGUUUCAUCGGCAGGCUCCUUAGCGGAGUGGGUUCCGACUUUUUGGUGAAGUUUCUUCAUGCCAGCCGGCUCUGGUGUCUGUUCAUUGCCUGCCUUGUCUUUCUGGUCGCUCAGCUAUGCGCAUUGAUCAUCCAAAACCCCAACCUUCUCGAGUUUGUCUCCGGCCUGUCUGGCCUGGGCUAUGGUUUUCUCUUUGGUGUUUUCCCGUCCAUUGUUACCGAAGCAUUCGGAAUUCGUGGCUUGAGCCAGAAUUGGGGCUUCAUUACCCUUGCCCCCGUCAUUUCCUCCAAUGUGUUCAACCUUUUCUACGGCACCAUUUACGACAAGCACAGCACCAUAGAACCUGGUGGCAAGCGAUCUUGCCACGACGGUAUCGAUUGCUACCGUGCGGCAUACUACAUCACGUUCGGCGCAAGCGCUGUUGGAUUGAUUAUUACUCUUUGGACUAUUCGUCAUGAGCAAGAAAUACUCUCCGCGGAAAAUGACGGCGGGGAACGUCGGCGUUCAGCAAUUGCUUAG